GUCUUGUUUCCGUUUGUUCGAUUCUCUCCUGAUAUUCCAUUCCAAAGAUUUACACUUCUCCCUGGUUCAAUAUGAAUUAUUUCUUAGUGCAUUUACUAGUCUUAGCUGCGAUCUUACCAUGGGUGCAAUGUGAUGCCCCUCCAGCCUCAACUCUCUACCUCAGCGAAACCAACACCACAUUCUCCAUCAAUCUCCCCGAUAACUCAUCUGAUGUAUACAUCUACUUCUCCUCCCCAGCGUUCUCCUGGGUCGCGGUGGGCGCAGGCGAUAAGAUGGCGAACUCCCUCUCUUUUAUCAUGUACCCUUCCGCCAACAAUAAAAAUGUCACAAUAAGCCCCCGCAUUGCAAGUGGCCACUCCGAACCAACCUUCGCCCCAGAGAUUCAGAUCGAGUCUCUGCCCGGCACAACCAUUAACAACGACACACUUGUCCUCAACGCUGUCUGCCACAACUGCCGUACUUGGCGUGGCGGCUCACUGGACGUCUCUUCCACCACUCAACCGUGGAUAUACGCAUUCGGCCCAGAUCUCGAGCUACAAAGCAAUUCUCAACAUGCGCCACUGCGACGGCAUCACGCUUACGGCCACUUCACGAUGAACAUGGUCCAAGCCUCCGGAGCCGGCGGCGUGCCAGAACCCAGCACCGUAAUGAACGGCGCCCAGCUCGUCGGCGCAGAGAAAGAAGACAACGGAAAUCAAGCCACAGUCGCCCACGCGAUCCUCAUCGCCUUCGCUAUCUUGGUCAUGACACCGAUCAACGUAGUCCUCGUGGGACUCUUCAAGACGUUCAAUUUGCAUAUCUGGUUCUCGGUGCUGGUUAUGAUGUUCAUAAUCGCUGGAUUCGGGUUGGGGAUAUCUAUUAGUGGGGAGUAUAAUAGGUCCAAACACUUCUCCUCCCCCCACCAGGUCCUCGGCUUCAUCACCAUUAUCGCUUUCCUUGCCAUUGGCGUACUCGGCGGCUUCCAAUCCCGCCAACUGCGCGUGCCCUCCACGAACGCGCCACGGCAAGCUACAAAACUGGACACUGCGCAUACAUGGCUCGCGAGAGGGGCGUGGCUCCUUGCCGUCAUUAACGGCGGACUUGGUCUCCAAUUCGCCUCCUCGCCCAUGCACACCCGCAUCAUCUACGCGCUCGUCACCCUCGCUCUCACGCUACCGAUGGUGAUAGUGUAUCUCCUCGUCUGGAGGCGGCAACGGGUUACCAAGGAGAAGUUUGAUGAGGACCGGGAUGUUGUGCUUGAGGCGUACUAUCUGUCGCAGCCGAAACCGAUCCAUUGAGCGGGGACGGUAGGAUUAGGAUGGUGAAGUUGUGCGUGUAAGACUUUGGUCAUAUGGGAGAUGCUGUGGGCUGCUUCAUUUCGGGUUAGCACAGGGAGUUUCGAUGAUUUUUUGGGUAUGAGUACGUAGGGCGUUCGAGGAGUUUGCAGACCCCCCAUGUUCAGAUGGACCGCUUAGAAAGAUGUACACGAUUUGUAAUUCUCCGUUCAUUCGAAAUGGACGAACUUACAGAUUACAGUAACGUUUCGGCCGUUCAUUGACAUUCUGGCUGAGAAUACAAACAUACCGCAACCGCAGAACAGCCUCACCAAAGCCUAAAGUCACAUCAAGCA